AUGGCCUCAAUUACAAGUGCAGCAGCAGGGGAACGACCGGCAGCAGAGGAAGAACCAGCAGCAGAGGAAGAACCAGCAGCAGAGGACGGUCCAGGAGCCGAGGACGGUCCAGGAGCCGAGGACGGUCCAGGAGCCGAGAACGGUCCAGAGGCCGAGGACGGUCCAGCACUCGGCUCUUGUCUGCUCCUCCAGCCCUGCCCCGCCCUGUUGUCCUUCUAUCUAUGUCUUUCUCCUCGGCUGCCUUCCUCCCUGCUCUCAUGGUGA